CUCGAGGCGCUGCUGGGCCGGCUGCAGGCCGAGCGCCGGGGCCUGGAAGCGGCCCACGAGCGCGACGUGCGGGAGCUGCGCGAGCGCGCCGCCCGCCUGACCAUGAGCUACCGAGCCCGCGCCGCCGGCCCCGCCGCGUCCCCGCCGCGCCUGCGGGAGGUGCACGACAGCUACGCGCUGCUGGUGGCCGAGUCGUGGCGGGAGACCGUGCAGCUGUACGAGGACGAGGUGCGCGAGCUGGAAGAGGCGCUGCGGCGCGGCCAGGAGAGCCGGCGCGAGGCCGAGGAGGAGACGCGGCAGUGCGCGCAGGAGGCGGAGGCGCUGCGGCACGAGGCGCUCGAGUUGGAGCAGCUGCGCGCGCUGCUGGAGCAAGAGCUGCUGCGGCUGCGGGAGGCGUACGAGCUGCAGGCGGAGGAGCGGCAGAGAGUGAUUACCUGCCUGGAGGAUGAGAAGGCGGCCCUCACCUUGGCCAUGGCGGACAGGUUGCGAGACUAUCAGGAGCUUGUGCAGGUGAAGACUGGCCUCAGCCGGGAGGUGGCAACAUAUCGAGCCUUACUAGAAGGAGAAAGUAAUCCAGAGAUACUGAUCUUGACUGAGCGCAUUGAAAACGUGCCACAAGAGUUCAGAAAAACAUCCUAUCGGUACGCCAGCACGGUGCUGCAGAGGGAAAAUGAACGAAAUCUGUUUCCCAGGCGGAAAGCACCUCCGGCCGGCUUCAGCCACAGCCUGGCGCAGCGCUCUCGCCUGUCGGCAAAGCCCGGAGCUCGGCCCGCCGUCCCAGGUGCUGCGGGCAGUGCCUUCCUAGGCUCGGGAUAUUCUUCCCUAACCGUUACCCGGUGGGAGAAAACUGACGGCAAAACUGCCGACUCUCAGGAAAGACCUGCCAACAGCCAAGCCAGCGUCAGAACUUUCUCUCCAGUGCCCGGUCUUUUAAGGGAUACUGAGGCUCCAGCGAAAACAUUCCCCGAAAGACCGAGAACCGCGGGUACAAAGGCCGCCUCUGCUAAUGUAGCCAGAGAGCCCGCCCUUGCCCAAAAGCCCUAUCGGGACAAUGUGUCGGCAGGUGCUUCCAAAAGCACGUGGUCAAGUGAGAGAACCGUCCUUGUGGAAAAGAAGACGGGGGCUAACGUCACGAGAGAGCAGGAGAGAAACAGGCCAGGUGCCAUCCAAACAAAGUGGGAAGAGAAGGUGUUUGAUUCCAAAGAGAAGGCUUCAGAGGAGAGGAACCUAAGGUGGGAAGAGCUGACAAAGUUAGAUAAAGAAGCGAGAAAAAGAGAAAGCCAGCAAAUGAGGGAAAAGGAGAGAGGGAAGGAGUCGGCGAAGGAGAAGAGCGUUCGAGAAAGAGAGGUACCGAUCAGUCUAGAAGUCUCCCAGGACAGCACACCAGGGGUGGCCCCGAAAGGUUUGCAGACUCCCCUCCAGGGGGAUGCUCGUGACGGUGCAGGCAGAGGCAUGGAAAAGAGGGAGGCCAGCUUCAGGCUGGACCGCGGCGACACCACCAGCUCCCCGAAGGGUGACUCCACGACUGAAACCAUAGCCGAAAACAUCGUCUCCAGUAUCCUGAAGCAGUUUACCCAGUCUCCUGAUACAGAGACAUCUGCUAAUUCUUUUCCGGACACGAAGGUCACUUACAUGGACAGGAAGGAGCUUCCCGGCGACAGGAAAACAAAGACUGAGAUAGUCGUGGAGUCGAAACUGACCGAAGAGGUGGAUAUUUCAGACGAGGCUGGCCUGGACUAUCUUCUGAGCAAGGAUGUUAAGGAGGUGGACCUGAAAGGAAAAUCGGCUGAGCGGAUGAUAGGAGACAUAAUCAACCUUGGUCUGAAAGGAAGAGAGGGGAGGGCAAGGGUGGUCAACGUGGAGAUCAUUGAGGAGCCCGUGAGCUAUGUCGCUGGUGAGAAGGCGGAUGAGUUUUCUACCCCCUUCGAAGUGGAGGAGGUUGAUGAUGUGUCUCCGGGCUCCAAGGGGCUGGCUGAGGAGGAAGAAGGUUAUGGAGAAACAGACGUCAUGUUCUCAGGCAAUCAGCAUAAAAAGACCAAGCGGCCCCAAGAGAAUGUAACUCACGUUGAAGAAGUAAUGGAGGCGGGUGACUCAGAGGGAGAGCAGAGUUAUUUUGUGUCGACCCCAGAUGAGCACCCUGCGGGGCAGGACAGAGACGAGGGCUCGGUGUAUGGGCAGAUCCACAUUGAAGAAGAGUCCACCAUCAGGUACUCUUGGCAAGAUGAAAUCGUGCCAGGGACUCGGAGAAGAAUAAAGACAGAUGAUGGGCUGGGGGAGAAGGUGGUGAAGCCGUCGGACAUCUCAGAACCUUCUGCGGAGGAGGAGGUGGGUUAUACUCACUGGAAGGAACAAGCUAGAAGUGGUGAAUUUCAUGCUGAGCCCACAGUCAUCGAGAAGGAGAUUAAGAUACCACCUGAGUUCCACAUGUCCAUUAAGGGAUCCUUCAAGGAGCCCAGACACCAGCUGGUGGAGGUUAUCGGGCAGCUGGAAGAGAGCCUUCCGGAGCGCAUGAAGGAAGAGCUGUCUGCUCUCACCAGAGAGGGUCAGGGCGGGCCCGAGAACGUUUCGGUCGACGUAAAGAAAGUCCACACCUCCGGGGGUAGGUCCGUGACCUUGGUUGCCGAAGUCAACCUCUCGAGAACCGUGGAUGCCGAUCAGUUAGACCUGGAGGAGCUGAGCAAAGACGAAGCCAGUGAAAUCGAGAAAACCGUGGAGUCAGUGGUACGAGACAGUUUGGCCAGGCGGCACAGCCCGGCGCCUGGAAGCCCAGACGGGGAGACCGCAGAGGAGCCCCCGGCUGCCGGCUUUCGCUUCAAGCGCUGGGCCACCCAGGAACUGUACCGCCCCGGCGGUGAGGAGGGCGAUGCCAGCCGGGCCUCUCAGGGCACAGAGCAGGUCGCUUCCCCAGGUCCGGUGUCAGCCACGGUAGAAGUCACCAGCCCAAGGGGCUUUGCCCAGUCACACGUGGUAGAGGACGUAAGCCGGUCUGUCAGGCGUGUUAAAGUAGACCCCACUGGGAUUUGGAGGACUGAGCAAGUCUCACGAGAAGGACCCACUGCACAAGUGGUGGAGAUGGACAUAAGUCACGUGGAGGCGAGCCCCCGCUGGACGCAAGACACCACGGUCUUCUUCCCCGCAGGGACGGAAGCGGCGGCUCGUGGUGCCCCUGACCGUGGUGCCUGGAGAGACGGGGGCAGUGGGAAUGCCUGGGUGGCCAGCGUGAGCUUUCAGGGCUCUUCCGGGGAUGGACACCAGGUCCCUGGGGAACAGGGCAAGGCGCAGGCUGAGUUUGACAGGACGGUGCAGCUACAGAGGAUGGUAGACCAAAGGUCGGUGAUUUCGGAUGAAAAGAAAGUUGCCCUCCUCUAUCUAGACAAUCAGGAGGAGGACAAGGAGGGCCACUGGUUUUGAGAAGCAAAUAUUUUGUUUUCAGUGGUGUCUUAGCCAGUAACAACACAGUAACACACAGAGGCCUUUACUUCUUUGAAGGAGGGAGGCUCAGUCUUUAUGAAGACCUCCCCACUUUUCUUACUUUCUCCACCGAGCGCUCCGGGCGAUGUCACUUUAUCAUCUGUAAAGGUGUCAAAUUAAUUCAUGCCUUCGAAGGCAUUUGAAUUUUACUUUUGAGUUGGAACUUUGACACAAAUAUUUUUUAUCUUUUUAGUCUUAAAAGUUCCUUUUUCUGGAGUUUUCUCUCCACUGCUUGAGACAGUUUCGACCAAUUUUGCUCCUGGUCACGGAAAUGCCUCACAUCUGUUUGAAGUUAUAAUCAACUCUCUAUAGGGAAAAUGCCUAAACGGUAACGGUAUAGUAAGAUGCCUAUAUGAUAACAAGAUUAAAGUAAUAUAUUUAAGAGUAAAUUUUAUUUGCAUGUGCUAAUAUGAAAUAAUCAACUAACAUUUAAAAGGAAAAAUGCGUACAUUUGUCACUUUUCCAAGUCUUCUCAAAAAGAAAUCCUAGGAAAGAAGCAGAUUGCUUCCAUAAAAGAUAAAAGUGGAAAAAAAAAAAAACCUAAAUGGUUCUAAAUUUAGGAAAAAGUUAAGUUCACUUUGAGACUUGAAUGAAUUGCUUUCUAUGUGCAGAACUCCAAAAAAUAUAUAGUAUUUUUGUUUAUGGAGAGGCCAGCUUCAGCCCAUUUGAUAUUCCAAGUCCACACGCUUGCUAUGUUCGUGUAAAUUCUUAGAAGCCCACCCUGGGCUUGUGUGUAGGGAAAGUGACUGUUGGGAAUGGGUUAUUGUAUUUCCUUUCUCACAGCACUGGGUUGUUAAGUAGCAUACAGUCUAAGUAUUCUUGUUUGUUACAACCUAAGUUCUGGAGUAGCCAGCUCCCGCCAGAGUGUUAAGCUUCUCCACACCUUAACCCUUAGCCCUGUCUACACAUUUAAUUUUACUGGCGGGAGGCAGACCCCGAAGACAGUAAAGAGAAUGCUGAUGAUGCUCAAGCUAGAGCCUGGCUUGCCAGAUGAUCCUGUGCCGUGACAUUGGAAGCACAGGGUGGACUGUGCCUCCCAGAGAAGGCCUUGCAACGCACCGCUAAAGGGACCGAAGUCUGGGUGAUGCAAAAUGACAACCAACUUCGAGGACGUUUUUGCAUUUUUUUUUUUUAACGUUUAUUUAUUUUUGAGACAGAGAGAGA